AGUUAUCUAGACUGAAGGUACCAUUUUCCAAAGCAAGCCUAGGCCUGCACUUAAAACUGCAGAGCAGGAAUCUUAAUUUACAGGCAGACAUGCUUCUUUCUAUCUGCUGCUACUGGAAUUUCCCCCUACUCAGGACAAAUUCAGUUAAAACCUGGGAAGCCCCUGGCUUCAAAGCUCACCUCAGUCUUGCAAAAACCCAAUGAACCGCCUUAAGGAAGUUGCUGUUAUAUGAAUCUUAUUUCCACUUUCAACGAUCUGGGGGAAUAACCUUACUGUCUUCCCACAGAAAAGGGGUCUGUGUGGCUGGGGUUGUAUUUAAUGGGGUUUAUCUCAUUCAGCCUUCCACCAUGUGGGAGACUUCCACGUGUGUGGACCAGAUUCCAGAAUUCCCCGAUCACCACCCGUUCCUGAGAGUUCUGGGAGUUGGUCCACCGAUCUGGAGGGGGCAUGGAUUGAACCAGGCUGUAAUCAUUGCAACAUUGCCAAGGCUGUGACCAGUUGCAUGCUGAGUUGCAAUUUCUGAGCAAUUCUGUCCAGGAGACUGUGCCCAGGUUAUGACGACUAAUCCAAAACCAAACAAAGCAUUUAAGGUCAAGGAGGAGUCAGGAGAAAAUGCCCCGGUGCUGAGCGAUGAUGAACUCGUGUCAAUGUCUGUGCGGGAGUUGAACCAGCACCUGCGAGGUCUCACGAAAGAGGAGGUUAUUCGCUUGAAGCAGCGGCGGCGUACACUCAAGAACCGGGGCUACGCGGCCAGCUGCCGAAUCAAGCGGGUGACCCAGAAGGAAGAACUGGAGAGGCAGCGGGUGGAACUGCAGCAAGAGGUGGAGAAGCUUGCUCGAGAAAACAGCAGCAUGAAACUGGAGCUGGACGCCUUGCGCUCCAAGUACGAAGCCCUGCAGACCUUUGCACGCACAGUUGCCCGGGGCCCCAUCACCCCAACCAAAGUCGCCACCACCAGCGUCAUCACCAUUGUGAAAUCAGCCGAAAUCUCUUCCAGCUCUGUGCCGUUUUCUGCUGCAUCCUAAUGUCCAGGGAGAGAGAACUCACUGCCUUGUUAGAACAGAGGAUUUUGCGGAGCCUGCCUUUCUCUUGAGUCAGAAGUCCGUCUUUUCCAAAAACCACGUAGUGGCAGACUCUUGGAAGGGAAAUUAACUGGCUGCUUUACCUCUUGUUCAGUAAGCCCUUUUGGGGCUGAAAUUGAAAUUCCAUACCUAGCCGUAGAAGUCUGAAGAGGGAUCUUGCACGGCUCCUCCUCAUGGUCUCUUAAGUCCCACUAGCUCCCCAAUUGACAGAAGAUAUCAGAGGAAUGUUUUUUUUUAAUGGAAAUAAAAAAUGGAUAACCCAGUAGAAUCAUCAGGCCUGAUGAAAAAAUGGAAUCUCUUCCUCUAGUCAGGAAAAGAAGCAGCCCCAUCAUAGCUAUCUUUAUAGGUUGUGGGUGAUCAAGACUCUGGAACAGUUAGCACAUCCAAAUUUAAUAGCAUACGGUGUUUUCUCUCCAAAU